GUUGCAUCAGUUGGCUUGAUGAGAAAGGUAGAAAACUCUUAAAUAAAACUAGAUCAGAGAAAAAAAAAAAAAGAAAAAAAAAAAGAAGAAAAGAUGAGCAGAGGAAGCGGCGGUGGAUACGAUCGUCACAUCACGAUCUUCUCUCCAGAAGGUCGUCUCUUCCAAGUAGAAUAUGCAUUCAAAGCGGUGAAAGCAGCUGGAAUCACAUCGAUUGGUGUUCGAGGAAAGGAUUCAGUAUGCGUCGUCACCCAGAAGAAAGUCCCUGACAAGCUUCUAGAUGAGUCAAGCGUAUCUCACCUUUUCCCUGUCACUAAGUACCUUGGGUUGUUAGCCACUGGCAUGACAGCUGAUUCAAGGUCGUUGGUCACACAAGCAAGGAAUGAGGCUGCUGAGUUUAGGUUUCAAUAUGGCUACGAGAUGCCUGCCGACAUUCUUGCUAAAUGGAUUGCAGACAAGUCACAGGUCUACACUCAACAUGCUUACAUGAGACCUCUUGGUGUAGUUGCCAUGGUUCUGGGUAUGGAUGAAGAGAGAGGACCCCUGCUUUACAAGUGUGAUCCAGCCGGUCAUUUUUACGGCCACAAGGCAACUAGUGCUGGUAUGAAAGAGCAAGAAGCAAUCAAUUUCUUGGAGAAGAAAAUGAAAGAGAACCCUGCCUUCACAUACGAUGAAACGGUGCAGACUGCCAUAUCCGCUCUGCAAUCAGUUCUUCAAGAAGACUUCAAGGCAACUGAGAUUGAGGUGGGAGUUGUGAGAGCUGAUAACCCUAUUUUCCGUAGCCUGGAAACGGAGGAGAUCGAGGAGCAUUUGACGGCCAUUAGUGAACGCGACUGAUCACUUUUGGAUCUUGACGCUAAUAAAUCAGACUUUGCAUCUCUUCCUAUUGCUUUCAAAUCUUUCUAUGAUCAUUCGCAUUUCGAAGAAAUUGUUUCCGUCAGUCUUAUGAAUCUUGUAGUGUCCAUUUGAAUUUUCUGCUUUCUCAGAUCCUCUUAAUGUGAGUUGUUGCAUGGAAUAGAGUUAAAUUAAUUUCCAAUGACCCAAAAGCAGAGAGCAAGUGUUAUGGUUCUCAAAAGCUUUUCAAUUUA